AUGGCUGUCCACAUUUUGGACGAGGAUCACUUUGCGAUCAGUGCGAUUGUAACGGUGGCGAUGCAAAUCAUCUUCUUCCUGAUAGCUGCCAUUUUCCAGCUGGACAAACUAACGGAUUUUGCCGGAGGAGUUAACUUUAUCAUCAUUGCCUUGUUGACGUUCUUCCUGGGGCAGAUCGACCGGACGCUAAAGCACUAUGACAGCCGGCAGUUGAUGGUGACAGUGUUUGUUUGCCUGUGGGGUGCGAGACUGUCGGGAUAUCUGCUGUAUCGGAUCGUGAAAAUCGGUCGCGAUAAGCAGUUCGAGGAUAAUCGAAGAAACGUCAUACGGUUCGCCGUUUUCUGGACCUUUCAGGCCGUCUGGGUGUUUGUCGUUUCGCUGCCAGUGAUUAUCAUCAAUUCACCCCGACACUCGAUACCGUUGGCACCGAAAACGAUGACGACGUUGGAUUCGGCAGGCACUGGAAUGUUCAUUACCGGGCUGCUGGCGGAGACGUACGCCGAUCUGCAGAAGUUUUCUUUCCGCCAGGAUCCCAUCAACCAGGGCAAAUUCUGCAAUGACGGACUCUGGCGAAUGUCGCGGCAUCCGAACUAUUUCGGCGAAAUCGUCAUCUGGUGGGGCAUUUUCGUUAUCUCGCUGAACGUAAUCCACGGCAUCGAGUGGGUGGCAAUCAUGUCGCCAAUCUUCACCACCCUCAUCAUACUGUUCCUGUCGGGCAUCCCGGUGCGCGAGCGGUCCGCCGACGAGAAAUACCGAGACGAUCUGGAAUAUCGAAAGUACAAGGCAUGCACCUCACCGCUGAUCCCCAUCCCACCGGCCAUCUACGCUGAAGUCCCCCGGGCGUUAAAGUUUAUUCUGUGCUGCGAGUUUCCAUUGUAUGACUCACUGGACAAGCGGCGAAAAGAGGACGGCCCGUUCGCCAUGACUACCUCUAUAUCAGUGGCCCAUUCGCACUCGACCCACACAUAG